AUGCAAAUCAAGCUGCUUUCUUUCACCCUCGCAAUCUUUGCAGCUGUCACCGCUGCACAACCAGCCUUAAAGCGCGCAGGCACAAAUGGCGACUUCCAAUUCGCAGGUACCAAGGAUACUGCAGCCAACAGUGGAGAAUUUAAGGGCAAAGACGGUAACUUGCUUUAG